AUGUCGGAACCGUUUAGAGUAUCUAUAAACCCAGACUGCAUCACUGCUUUCAACGAGCUGCGGCUCGGCCGUGAUAAGCCCAAGUAUAUCAUCUUUAAGAUCGCGGACAACCGACGAGAAAUUGUUGUGGAGGAAUCUUCAAAGGAGCAAGACUAUGAAAUUUUUCGUACCAAGCUUGAGGAAGCCAAAGACUCCAAAGGCAACCCGGCUCCAAGAUACGCUGUCUAUGAUGUUGAGUUUGAACUUGAGGGGGGAGAAGGCAAGCGAAAUAAGAUUGUCUUCAUCUCAUGGGUGCCCAACGAGACAGCAACCUUUUGGUCCAUGCUUUAUGCAACCAGCCGACAGACGUUGAAGAAUGCUCUUAACCCGCACACAAGUAUCCAUGCUGACGACAAAUCUGAGCUUGAAUGGAAGAGUGUGCUCAGUGAGGCCAGCGGGCGCAAGGCUACCAAAUAG